AUGUCCCAUAUAAGCUUCACUCAACCAUCCAAUGUAUCUGACUUAUAUCAGUAUUCUGUGGACACUAAUCUAGAUGUGCCAGACAAUCCUCAUGUUUCCAUUGUAUUAAAAGACAUCUUAAUCUUAUCCUCAACAAAUUCUCUGACUAAGGAGCCUUAACAGUAAAUGAACAUAGGUUAAUGGCUGCAGGAAAAUAUACUUUAGACCGUUUAAUAAAGGCAAAUUAGACAUUUUAAGAAGGUUCCUAUUGGAGGACCCUUCCAGAUUGCCAGGCUUAGACUUAGGCCUUUGAAAAUUGGAUGUGAUUAAGAACAUGCAGGUCAAUUUACCAGUGGGAAGCAGGUUGAAGGAGAGAUUCGACUUUGCAAACUCAGAUGUAAAAACAUACGAAAGGACACUUCAGAUGAAAAAUAUUGCCUCCAUCCUCAGCAAAGUGCAAGAGGUGAAUCCACAUAGUAAGAUAUCAAGGAAGAGGCUAAUAAGAGAAUAAUUGGAUAAGGAUAGAGCUGUAUAGAGCAAUAAUCUCGAGAUUCCAGUAUUCCAACUAAGAGAGACUAGCUUUAGAUCGAUGAUAAAUUCAAAUAGCAUAAGUUGUAAAACUUAGGUUAUGGCACAGUUUCAUACAAUACUGUACUAACUACACCUUCAAAGCCGAGUAAUUGGGAUAAAUUUAUUCAAAAACGAAUCGUAUCUUUGGAGGACUCUGCAUUAAAAGACAAAACUGCUGAGGAACUAUCAAAGGAGUUAACUAAGCGGAAGCUGUGCAGGAUGCUAGGAAAUAAGUCUCCAUCUGUACAAAAUUCUCUUACUUUAUCUCCAAGCAAUGCUGCCUCCAGAAGGAUGACUAGAAACAACUCCAAGUCAUCUCUGGAUCAUUCUAUGGACAAAGAUUCUAAGAGCACUUAUGAGUUGAAAUCUAGGGAUGGCUAUGAUAUCUAAGAUGAUGACUAAUCAAUGGAGAUGGGUCUUCUCAAUCAGGAUUUCAGACAGCUAAGCUCCUCUUUAUCCAAACAAGAGAUCAACAGAAGUAGAGAAAACAAAAGUACUAGUUUUCAUAGACUCAGAACUCUAAAGCAGAUAGUCAAGAAAAUACCUUAGCAUGUGUAGCAUAAUGAGAUAGAUGUGUUUAAUCAUUAUAAUCCUCAUCAUCACUAACACUAGCAUAGCUAGCCCAACCAUAAAUCUCUGACAAAGCAUCCCCACUCCCAUAAUGAAAUAAUUAGAGUUGGUGGAGGAGGCUUGAUUGCUACAAAUAAAAAGCCAUCUAAGAUAAGUUAUGAAGUGAGUGUUAGUAAUUCAGGAUUGGCAAGUUCAUAUAAUCAGAACUUAGGAGUGGCUUAUUAAAAUCCCAGAGAUAGCAAUAACACUAGCUAAAAUCGAGAUAGAGAGCUAAAGAUUAUUUAGGAUGAAUACUUCGAAGAGAUUGAUUAAUUUUAGAAGUUUAGUCGAAAGAACAGCAACAGUCUCGCUGUUCUAAGAGAAAUAGAGCAGUUUAGAUAGAACUUUGAGAUUGAAGAGGAAGAGGAGCCAGUGGAAACUAAUAAAAACAGAUUAAUAAGAGCCAAAAAGAAGUAAGGAGUCAAAGAUUUUAGGAACUCAGGGUUAAGCUACUCAGCAAUUGCUCAACGAACUAUCAAGAUAAGAAUCCCACCUUAGCAGGAUUAGUAGUUGAAAAAACUCAACAAAGAUAUCAAGUACUAUCACCCUCAGAAAAAGGUGCAUAUACCUGGCCAGCUAUCCACUAUGGAUUUGUAGUUGUCUACAUUAGAGUCCAAACAAAGUAAUAAAUCAAACACUAGCUCUAAGUAAAGCAAGGGUAAAGGUAUAAACAGUAAAGUUUAUUAAUGA